AUGGAGAGGUAUCAGCUGUGGUGCGUGCUGGCGCCGGGCCUGACGUUGCUGCUCAUCUUGGAGACAGAAGCUGAGAGGAUGUCCACUUCGAUGUGGACGGCAAUGGUGGUCUUCUGCUUUGUGAGCCACGUCCUUUUCAUCUUAGUUUGGAUUUUCCACUUCUUCCAGAAUCCUUUGCGCCGCAUGGUCAUGUGGCUGGCCACAUGCACGCCCAGUGCUGAUAAAGGGUGGUACCUACGGAACUUGAUUUGGCUGGCACGAAGCUGGCGCGACAGCAGUGAGGCCUCGAAGCCCUACCUGGCCUUCCACUCCUUACACGGCUUCAUCUCGGUGAGCGGCAUGGGCGGGGACAAGGCAUGGGUGCCGCACUUGCCCCAGGGUCACGAGCUGCCAGACGUCUUGUUGAACAAUGACGAGUAUCGCCUCAGGCUCUCCUCUGUUCCGAGCUUCCUGCAUCAGGUGGUGGUGCCUUCCUUAUCAGCCAGGCUCUCGGUCCAGCGAGAUGUGAUGUCCACGGUGUCCUACCUCAUCGACGGGAUCUCCGGCACCUUCAGCUCCAGCUGCCUGGACUUCGUGAUUCGGGCGGCUUUCCUGCUGCAGCAAGAGCUGCUCCAUGCUAAGCAAGCCAGGCUGGUGGCCACCGACGUGGCCAGGCCCAUCUUGGACCGUGCAAGUGAAGCCAAAGACCCGGUGCUGCUGCGUGAUGAAGAUGAAGUGAGCGAAUCCAGCGACGAUGACGAGCUGUAUACUGGCGUCCAGGAGCUGCAUAGUAAGGCCAUUGGUCGCACAUUGGCCAAGGAGCUCCGAGAGCACAAGGAGAUCCUAGCGGAGUGGAAGGGCAUGGCUGCCUUGGAGACCUUGUUUCGGGAGCUUCGUAGUCGAGGUCGUGGUGUGACGGCCUUGGAUUUGGCGGCGGAACAUGUGACAGGCGAAAGCCCAGCGCAUGGGCCGCACGCGGUCCCAGCGCGCUCCACCCAGGCGCCGCUCUCCGGACCUGUGAAGACACUGAAGCUCAGCUCCGAGAUGGAUGAUGAUUUGGACCGGAUCUAUCGGAAGAAGGUGUCGGUGAUGUUCUCGCAAUGGACCUUUCAACAUGGCCUGCCUUUGGCUGACAUGCAACAAAGUCUCGCCUCCCUUCGGCAACUGCCACGGGAGAAGCUGAAGGUGUGGCUGGAUGCCUUUGAAAAGCAGUGGAUACCAGAGAUGCUGAAUGCGGACAAGGUCAUCCGCCGCCCAGCCAUCCUCGAGGAGGAAGAAGCGCAAGCCAUUUCUUCUGUGAUCGAUGGCAACGCUCGCGUGGGUCGUGCCGUGACGCGACGGACGCGCAUCCAAAAGGUUCAGAUGAAGAAGAUGUGGGAGUUGACCCUGGAGAAGGAAGAAACUAAGUUGCGAGUGGCUUUGCGAUGGACCCGCCUGGUCUUCUGGGCAAGCUGUGGACAGCUUACAGUCUUCAAGAUUGCACAUCUCAGAUGCAUCACACUGCGAGAGAGGUGCAGCCAAAGAAAGGAACCGCUUCCGGAGGUCGUGGUGUCGGCUCCGUUGGCACCGAUUCACCACUUCGAGGCGCAAAGGUCGGUGCUGUUGCUGAGCGACGAGGCCCGAGCGGAUUUCCGUGCUGCAAAGGAGGACGCUGAAGGCCGCCGAGCCAGCAUACGAAUCUAG